AAUUUUUUAAGAGUUCUAUAAAAAAAACGUUCUCUUCGUCCAAAGAGGAGAGAACCAAAACAAAACAAAAAAAAAAACAAAGGAAGGGAAAGAAGAAGAUCAAUCCAUGGACACCAUGAAGGUUGAAAUCAUUGGUAAAGAGAUCAUAAAGCCAUCUGCAAUAACUCCAACUGAUCUCCCACCUCUUCAAUUCUCUAUUAUGGAUAUAAUAAUGCCUCCUGUUUACACCGUUGCCUUUCUUUUCUACACCAAAGAUGAUUUGAUCUCCCAAGAACAAACGUCUCACACUCUCAAAACUUCCCUGUCCGAGAUCUUGACAAAAUUCCACCCUUUAGCCGGAAGAGUCAAUGGAGUCACCAUCGAGAGUAAUGACGAAGGAGCCGUCUUUGUGGAGGCACGCGUCGAUAACUGCAAUCUCUCUAGUUUUCUUAGAUCCCCAGAUACCGAGUUCCUCAAACAGUUGCUUCCUGUAGAUGACGAGCCAGCUCCUACAUGGCCCUUGCUUCUUGUGCAAGCGACCUACUUCCAAUGUGGUGGCAUGGCCAUCGGACUCUGCAUCUCCCAUAAGCUUGCCGAUGCAACCUCUCUCUCGAUUUUCUUACAGGCUUGGGCUGCCACAGCUCGAGGGGAGAGCGACUCGGUGGCCAGUCCUGACUUUGUUUCCACAAAGCUUUACCCAGCGGCAAAUGAGGCUAUUGGUAUUCCAAAAAAGGAUCAAGUAGGUAAGAGAACAAGUGUCACGAAGAGAUUUGUGUUUGUAGAAUCUAAGAUCGAAGAGCUCAGGAACAAAGUCGCUAGUGAUGUCGUGCCUCGACCCACGCGGGUCCAGAGCGUGACUUCACUUAUAUGGAAAUGUGUUGUGACUGCUUCGACAGACACAAUUCGUGAGAAAGCUCUGUUCCAACCGGCUAACUUGCGCCCCAAGAUACCCUCCCUAUUGUCUGAAAACCAAAUCGGUAACCUCUUCUUCGCCACCCUAACCUUGGAUGGAAAAGCCGGGGUGGAUAUUGUAGAAACUGUUAAGGAACUACAAAAAAGGGCCGAGGAGUUAUCCGGUUUGGUUCAACAUGAGGAAGGGUCAUCAAUGACGAUAGGUUCGAGAUUGUUUGGUGAAAUCAUUAAUUCCAAGUUUAACCACGAGGUUCAUGACAUGCAUUCUGUAACUAGCUGGUGCAAGAUUCCUCUUUAUAAGGCUUGCUUCGGGUGGGGAUCUCCGGUUUGGGUAGCUGGAUCUGUUUCUCCGAAUCUAGACGAUGUAACCGUGUUGAUCGAUUCUAAAGAUGGACAAGGAAUCGAAGCAUGGGUGACAUUGCAUCAAGAGAACAUGUUACUGUUCGAGCAGAGCACAGAACUGCUUGCCUUUGCCUCCCCAAAUCCAAGUGUAUUGAUCUAAUGACGAAAGAUGUCAAUUCCAUAUAUUACUGUUACUGUGCUAAAGUUGAUUGGAUUUAAGAUGUAACUUUCUUUUAAAUAUUUUCAAAAUGUUCUGCUU